GUCAUAACCACGUCUGCAAUCAAGUACUGUUUUUGAAUUACGUUAUGAUGGGAUAAAACCGGAAUAGAAUAAGAAACGUGUUUGAAGGGUUGUGUACGCUGUCGUUUACUACAUUAUACCGGAUAUAAUAUAACAAUAUACUGUUAGAUUUUAAUAGGAAUCCCAUUAAUUUAAUUAUUUCAUAAAGUAAUUUAAUAAAUAUGAAUUGGUCUGUUUUUCUAUGUACACUAUCUGCUGUAAUUUUAACCAUAUCCGCAGAAACAUGUCAAAAACCAGAAGUUGUAGCAUCGGCAUAUGUAACAGAAGAUGCUACGGUUCUCACUAAUGUUGCUUUUACGACACAAUUUGUAUUGAAAUGCAGCAAUGGUGUGAAAGGAAUUCCAUUGUAUGCAGAAGUUGAAGGAAAAGCUUUACCUGCAGUGAGAUUAAGUGCAGAUAACAAAUAUCAGGUUUCAUGGACGGAAGAAAUCAAAAAUGCACGAUCGGGAGAUUACAGUGUUAAGCUUUAUGAUGAAGAAAAAUAUGCUGCCAUUCGUAAAGCUUAUAGAAAUGGAGAAGAUCCUAGUAUAGUAAAACCAUUAGCUGUAGUUGUACUCAAUAAUCCAGGUAUUUAUCUUGGACCAUGGAUCAAUUCUGAAUUUUUGGCAGCAUUUUUAGCUGCUCUCGUUUCAUAUGCUGCAUUCUCAGCUAAAUUUAAACUUCUUGCAUAGUAAAAGUAUCAUUUAUUAAAAAACCUGAUUUCUGUAUAUGUCAUCAUUAAAUCAAAAUUUUAUAAGCCAUAAAUAUUUUGAAUGCGUUUAUUACUUCUGUAUUUUGAAAAUAGGUAUAAAUUUUAAUCAGUUUAAAUAUAAUUAAAUAAAUGCAAAUAAAUUUUGCGCAAUUUAAAUAAAUUUUUAAAAUUGAAAAAAUUGUAAAAUUGAAGAAAUAGUUUUAUUAGUUGUAUCUUGUAUAUCCGUAUAAUUUUUUUAUUAUACAAUGAUAUAUAAAAGAUAUCGUUAACAGAAAUAAACAUUUUUUUUUUUAAUAAUUUCAUAACAUAUUGUACUUUAUUUAAUAUAUCUCAGAUGAUGGUACAUUUCCAAAUAAAUAUUUCCAUGAUGGUGGAUACUUGAUAGCUAAAGAUCCAAUAGAAUUAAUUUGUAAUAAAUUCAUCCAUUGAUUUAAGUAGUUCAUUAAAUUUAAUGCAUCUGGAAUAUUAUCUCCUUCAGAACAAAAUUUAAAUAAAAUUAUACAUGGUAUAUUAUUAUUUGUAAGAAAAUCAAAUAAAUUGAUUGCGAAGCCUCCUCCUGGAAUGUGUGUUAUUUGUUUGUUUGGACAAGAUAUAUGCUUUGAUUCAUAUUGAAGCCAUUUUAAAUCAUCAAAAACUUGUUUGUUAGCAGUUAAUACAUCAGCAGAUGCAAUGUAUCUCAAUUCUGUAAGAUUUAAUUGACUAUCUGUUUUCUCAUAAGCAUAACUACUCGUCAGGAUUACUACCUGGAAUAAAAUAAAAUUAAAUUCUUAUGUUAUUUGUAUGUUUCUAAUAUGUAUAAAAGUAUACCUUAGAUAUUUUAUUUGUUGUAAUAAACUCCAAUAAAUUGUGAUAAAAUUUA